ACCUCCAGCUCGGACCUCCAGCACUAUCGACACUCGGAUACUCUAUGACAACCAGCACUUGACUACGCUUGGGCCGUAUUGUCUUAGCUAGGUCUUGUCUGUAAAGGCGGCGUUGCUACACGCCAGUGAUGGUCCGCUGAUGCAGCUGUUGCAUUUAGUAAUGACGCAGUCAGAUCCUAGCGUCAGUCCGAACACCGCUUUCAUUUGGGCUACCAUUGGGCCACCAUCCUUCGAUUCGAGCUCGCGGUCAUAUCGUGUCCCCGGGCUAGUCAAAACUAAGAGGCAGUGGCGCACUACCGACUCGAGUCUCGAACCAUGGUGCUUCCCGCAGAAAUCCACGACGAGAUCGUAGAUCAGCUCUCUGGAGAGACGGGUGCGCUCAAGGCUUGUGCGUUGACGUGUCACCAGUGGGCCAGACGUGCACAGAGCAACCUGUUCCGGACGAUCACCAUCCUCACCCACGUGGAGCAUGGUCGCGUCCUGGACAUGCUCGAGGAACAUCCCAGACUCGGACAGCUCGUACGGGUGCUCACAUUCAGUAAGCCGAAACCGGACCCCGCGUCGCUCGACGGCGCGUGGCCGGACCUGCUCCUGAUGAUGGACCGUGUGGAGGAGCUCAACAUCGGUUCGGUGGACCUAUUCACGAGAGGUGUGAGGACGUAUUUCUCUCGGAUCCGGAUCCUACGCCUCCUCGGCACACACAACUUCCAGUGUAACGACUUCCUACGCCUCCUUGCAGCAUGCCGGUCGCUGUCUGAGCUACACCUAUCAGACCAGAUACAGAUCACGCCACCUCCCGAUGACGGUGCGAUGCAACCAUCGGGCAGCGUCACCUCUUGUCUGCUGUACCACUUCCCAUUGCACAUGUCUUUGCGCAGACUACAGCCGAUAGUUAACGACGUGGCACCCUCCUGCAGCAACAACGACUCGGACAUCCUCCGGGUGGCUGCGCCCGUGCUCGAGGAGCUGGUUCUGCGCCUGACGUUCCACGGGCCGCUGUACGUCAUCCUGCAGUCACCCGUGCCGUUCCUGCAGCUCCGGCGUCUACACCUGAAGGACGCGGGGCUCGAGGCCAAGUUCGUCGCGUACGAAUACCCUACGUGGAUGUUGACAGCCUUGACACACAUCUCGCGGUGGGAGAUGCGCGCCAACCUCCGCGAGAUCGUGCUCAGUCUGCCCAUGCCGGGAACUAGUGUUGGACCGUUCGUGCGGAGGGACCGCGACGUAGAGCCACCGGCUUUAUCCUUCCCGUUCCCGUGGGUGCAACUCGACAUCACGAUGGCCAAGCUGGCGCAGGACAACGAGAAGCUGGCGUUCACCGUGAAUAUCCGCGACCCGUCGUGCAAGAAAACGCAGGCCGUGCCUUUGACGGACCCGUCCUUUGGGCGAUACAGGCUGCGGGAGUCUCGGAUGCAGGAAGUACGCCCGCAGGCGUUGACGGUAUUGGUGGGACCUCAUUGGAAUGCACUUCGGAGCUUCGGAGGCGAACUCAGCGACAGGCCAUUUGCGUUCUAGAGCAGGUUCGUAUAGGGCAUUCAGUACGCUAUGUCGUGGAGUGUGUCCAGAUCAGGGAACUAGAGUCGUUCGGUCCGUUCUGGUACUUACCACAAGUCUACAUUGAAUGUUGCAACCCCAACGGCUGAGAUCGUCAUUGCUAGCACAUGCGAGGACUGAGAUCUGAGACUCCACUCACGAGUCACAUUGCCGUCCAGUGACAGUCAUCCUCCCUGUAGUAGUAUUGAUUAUCACCAAAGAACCAGUGGCUGCUCACCGGACCAAUGACCGGACUCCACUCAACCUAGAGACCCAACGUCGAGGCCAUCUGCUUUCGUCGUCAAUUGUAAGACAGGUUGCGCCCCGUCUCACGAGCAUUCUUCCCCAAUCGUCAUAGCUAUUUUCGUCUGCUCCGGCGUACAGUAGCGG